AUGGCGACUCUAGAUUCUGGCACCACCUGCUCCUCCUGGAAUCACUCCGGCCACCGAUUAGCCACCGGUUCCUUAGACGGGAUCCUUUCCGUCUACGACUCUCCUGUUCCCUCUUCUUCUUCUUCUUCUUCUUUCACUUGCACUUCCAAAGUUAGGGUUAGUGAAUCGAGUGUUGCAAAGAUCGUCUGGCUGCCUUCGGAAUACGGCGAUGCAGUAGCCUGCAUUUGCGAAGACGGGAGCUUAUCGAUUUGGGAGGAGGUUUCUGAAGACACACAUGCUCUUGAGUGGAAAUCUUGCAAGAGUAUCAAGAACCAGUCUAGCCAAGUGCUCGAUGUUCAAUUUGGGGUUUCGAGAAAGAGUCUGAAGAUGGCGACCAAUCACCAUUAUUGGUUCUUUGACUAUUAUGCCAGGUCGCAGCAUAUUCUGAUGGGACAAGCUUAUGCUGUACUGGAGAAGAUGAUAACUGAGUAUGAUAUUGAAUCUGAUGUUACACAUAUCGGUUGCAUCGUGGACAAGUAG